AUCAGUCGUUCAGUUUUCCGUGUCGUUAGUGCGUGUACGCUGCUGCCGACCCGGACUUCGCUAGACAUGGCUGCCCCAAUGUUUACGCGAUUCUCUCUCGUGCCAUGCCGGCGUGCCGUGAUGGCCUGCUCGCGGCGGAACCUGUGGAGACGCUACCCGGUCACCGUCGGCGACGUCUUCGGCGAGAUGGACCGGCAGCUGCGCCACUUCGAGCACGAGAUGUCGCGCACCUUCCGCGACCUGGACCGUUCGGGCGCGUUCGGGCCGGCGUUUCGCUGGCUGCGUUCACGCGACGUCCCCGUCGAGGCCGGCUCGGGCGACAAGUUUCAGGUGCAGCUGGACGUGAGCAAGUUCAGGCCGGAGGACGUGAAGGUUUCCCUCUCGGGCAACCAGCUGACUGUGCGCGCACGCUCCGAAGUCAAGGAGGGCAACUCGACGUACUUGCGCGAGUUCUCGCACACCGUGACACUGCCCGAAGACGUCGACCCGGACACGGUGCGUUCCCUGUUGCUCGCCGACGGAUCGCUGUGCAUCGAGGCUCCUCGCGCGCUGCCCGAGCCGAAGGAAGUGCCCAUCGAGAAGUCUGCUCCCACCGAGCCUCCCAAGGACAAUUAAGUGAAGCGAAACUGCGUGCUUAGUGCUUGCAGUGAGAUGUUAAUAGUUUGUGCUUAGUGUGUAAAUAAAUACGUGUUUUUCUGCCCGUUACAA